AUGCCAACCAAAACCCUGAAGCAGCGUACCUGCACGGCAUCACGUUUCUCGACGCGCAUACCGGCGCAUAGCGACGCAUACCGGCAACUCCAAGUGAACGUCCUGUACCCAGUCACAUCGCCCGCGGCGCCCCCGCUCGUGACCUGCCGCCGAUUCCUAAAUUCGAGGGACCCACCACACCUCCGGGGCACCAUGUCAGCCUCAGCCGCGGGUCGCUCCCAGGCAUCAAUAUCCCUUCAUCAACACCAAAUCUCCCAGCUUCAAUCCACGGCGGCACUGUCUUACGUUUUGCCUACCUCAGUCCUCAUAUUUACGAAUUGUCGAGCUGCCGUCAAGAUGGCGCCCCUGUCAUCUCUUGGUCUUAAUUUGCGCCUUGCCGACAUCGAUGAGAACCUCAAGUCUCACCCGGCCGCCCUUUCAUGGCCUACUGCCAGCUUUGCCUCAAAUGCGGCGUCGUUGAAUCAUGACUUCAUCGACGAUGCGCCUUGUUUCGCUUACACGGAAGUAUUCGAAAGUGGGGAAAUCUUUCAAGCAGUUUCGCCCGGUCUAGGGGUUUACUUGCCUCUCUACUCAUCCCCAGCAUCUCAGCCGGCCUUUACCGUCUCUAAAAGCCGCCUUUCCAAGAGUAUAGAAAUCGAGUACCAGAGCCUGACACUCUUGCAAUCACUUGCCAUUGCCAUGCCCUCGCCAUUUGACCUACCUGAUCUUCUGACAAACUACGCAAUCCUCAAGUCUCAAUUGCAACACCUGGAGACCAUCUCGCCAUCACAUCCAACAACCGUCGAGCUUCGUCUGCUCGUCCGCGACGUACUCCUGGACAGAGCCCUGUUUGCCGGAAUCGGCACUGAAGUAUACCGAUCGAAUGGCAUGCUAUCUAUCGGUCAGCUUCACGAUAUGCAUCAACGAAGUGUAGAUGCCGGCCUGGACGACCUCGACGCCUGUUUCGCUCUGGGUCUUCUCCCGGAUGUGUUGGACGAUGCGUUCCUCGAUGCCUUGGCCUCUAAAUUUACUGAGCUUGCCCUCGCCGGUGAUCUUACCGCCUUGCACGAUCUGUGCGAGCCCGUCGUCCGCACCGGCGAAGUCGAGUGGGAGACAAACCCAGAGUUGCUUCUUGAAUUACUUGACAGAGGCCGGCUGGACAUUUAUCGCUACGUUCUAGACCUGGCGUCAAGAACAAGGGACAAGUCCACGAGCCAGUCCGGAUCCUUCUUACGCGACAUAACCAACGACCCCCUUCACGUCGCCAUCAGGCUUGGCCAUGUUACGCAAGUGGAGAGUCUUUUACGUCAAGGGGCGACAUUUCUAGGUGUCUAUGCCGACGACGAGAUGAGCGGCGGCACUGAGAAUGUAGUCUUGACGCCCUUCUCCGCCGCGGUCUUCUGGGGGCAAGCCGAGAUUGUUCGCACGAUACUGCUGCAAACCCUCGUACCCGAGGGUUUGCGAGAGGCAGUCGCCAUUGCAGUCUCUGACGAGAAAACAGAGAUCAUGGAAAUCAUGCUCUCUUUUGGGGUAAUGGAUACAAUAGGGUCGACCACUACGGACGAUACUUUCGACUGUUUCGCUGAUCUUAGCAUCAUGGAACCAACCUCCACUACCGCGUUCCAACGAGUGCCGUCGGGUACAGACUACACAAGAACCGAGGUUGAUGCUGCUUCCAGCCUUACCGGCGGCAUCAAUGCCAGUCAGCCUAGUGCUCCUUGUGGUCGUCGCCUUCAUCGAGCGGCUGACACUCCCAGAGAGCGGGUGCGGCGCAAAUGCUCUCGCCGUCGCCGGCGACUCUUGGGGCAAAGCCUGGUCUCAUCCAUGCACUCCCUUUGUUCUCAGCUCCGCGACUUCUGUGACUGCUCAGACCACGCAGAAGUCAACAAUAUGGGUGGAGACUAUACCCAUUCCAAUACAGUAUGGGAUCGUGGUCUUGGUGUGUUCCGUGGUCUGAUGCAGGACAGUCCGCCGUCGUCCCUUGUUGAGGUUUUUGACGCACUGCUUGUGGCCAAUGCCACCUAUCUGACGCUAUAUACAAGCGACGAUUCUCUUUCACUUGAAUUUGUUGAUGAUCUCGAUCGUUGGCGCUCCAUUCUACCAGCCUCAUCGCAACUCCUCUUCGACGACCUGGCAUUCCACAUGUGGGGAUACACCCCAUUAGGCCAAAUGCCUUUGCAUCCUGACUCAGAGUGCCUCCCACAUUUUCAAGACUUGGCCCAAAAUCUCAUUUCACUUGAGAAGCGCAAGGAGUCGAUACCGUCAAGGAUCUCAACGCCUGGUAUUAGGCUUGCGGCGAUACAGAGGGCAUUUGAGAACCAAGAGACUCACCUAGGAGUUGCGAGUAGUCAGGCCCAGACAAUACCGGGUCGAUCACAGUCGGGCCAAACCUCCUAUGCCGGCUCUUCAACCCAGCGCGAUGAUCUUUUCUGGGCAGACUUUCUACACAUGGACCGCCUUGAGGAUACCACUUUGAGGCAGCCGGCGCCGUCAUCGUCUUUGAAUGGAGGCUGGGAGGACGUACUCUCUUCUACGAUGCUGCUGCUCUUCUCCGUGGCUUUCUCCAUCGUGCUUGGGCUGAUCUUGGGCAACCCAGGCUUGCACUCAGGGUCUAAAAAGGCCGUCACCGAAACUGUCACCACCACGCUCUCGGGAUACUCUCGUUGCUAUGCUUUAAUAGCAGAAUAUCUUAGGAUGCAUGGCAUCUCGAUUCAGCCCAGUCUAUCUGCUGGCCAGCUGUCUAUCCCAUCACUUGCGGCUCAAUCACCGGCGCACGGAUCAGAGGUAUGCACCACCCCGUCGAGCAGCUUCUCGUCCCUCAGCACACUGGGCCUUCGCCGGGACGUAUCAUCUUCGAGCAUAAGUAGCAUCGGCAGCGCCGCCGGCUCGGCAACGUCGCGCUCGACGCCGCGCGACCACCGGAACAGAGGAGACAGACUACCGUGCUUGACACCGCAGUGCACAAAGACGUUUUCGAGCGUCAGCAACCGCAAUAAGCACCUCCGCGAGGGGUGCGCGUUCAAUCGCGAGAAGAGACAGGGGUAUCCGUGCAGGAACACAUCUUGCUCGAAAGUGUUGACGACGAAGUGGUAUCGAGAUACGCAUGAGAAGGAGAGAUGUCGAUUCCGCAGAGGCUACUAA